AUUUAUUUUGUACCUGAGCAAAACUUCUUCAUCUGCUAUAGCAUCCCCCCCUCAUAGACCAGGCUUCUUUCUCAGUCUCAGACAUCCGCUUCAAAAUUUCAAAUGCUUGCAAAAAAGAAAGCCAAUUUCAUUGCCUAUAUUCUCUUUCUGUCUUAUGCCUUCGCCAUCACAGUGCUGGGGAUUCGGGACGUACCAGAGCGUAUAGUCCAUACAAGGACCAAUCCGACAACAGCCAAGAACGACAAUGUGGGCUCUACUGCGUCUGCUUCAUCAUUGCAUCUAAUGGGCGUGGUACCCGAAACUCGGGUCAAACUGAAAACAGACUAUAUCAAGGAGUUUUUGGCUUUCCUGUCGCUCAAUAGUUUCCGCACCCUUGCAGAACCCGAAAAGGCUCCACUAAAAACGAAGUUCACAAAUCUCGAGCGAAUUUUAUCGGAUGACACAGAUUUGCGUACAUGGACUCGGUUCAUAGUAGAAGAUGACCGAGACGAGGAUUUCACACCCCCAAUGGAGUCUUCAGGAGCAGAAAGCAUUGACCUACACAUUGAUGACUUCAUAGACUACUUAGUGGAGCAUCGUGGGUUUUCCGCCAACGACUUGCAGUUUCUCCAUGACAACAAUUUUGACUCAGACUACGAUGGAAUUGACGAUGUGCUCACCACAAUAAAAUCGAAAUCUGCAGCAAAUGAUGAUUCCAUGAGUUUCCUCCCGAGCUCUGGGUCCGUUGUCCCAAUCAAGUAUUUGUGGGUGCUGCCUCUAAUCAUUUGUUUAGUGUGAAAUCAAAUUACUACCAACAAUGAAAAGAGAAGAGUAGUUCGCAGGAUAGACGUACUGCUCACAAUGGAUCAGUGGCACUAUUGUUUGAGAAAUAUGAGGCCAAGUACUGGAACCUCUACCCAAUGCAUAAUACUUAUCGAUGUAUACGGAACAG